AUGGACUCACCACCCUUCAAACCCCGCUUCUGGAUCAAAUUUCAAGUCUACAGCGACGGUCUAGACACGCAACAAGCCCAGGACCUCGCAACCCUGUCCACCUUCUCCCAAUUCCCCAAUCUACCCCCCGAGCUCCGCCUCAAGGUCUGGGAAUACCUCCUGCGGCCCCGGAUAAUCCUAGCUUCCUGCCUCGAAGGCGAAGUCGAUAGCGAGCAGCUCUCCGAGCUCGCCGCGCGACCCUCUCGUCCCUUCGUCCCCGUGCUCCUGCACAUUAGCCAUGAGACGCGGGCCCUGGCGCUCGCGCACUACGAGCUCGCCUUCAGCUGGAAGGUGCCGCACGUGCUGUCGUCGCUGGACUUGGGGCCGGGGAUCGGACAGCAGCAAUAUCAGCCGCCGACCUGGUCAGAGCCGCAUGUUUAUUUCAACUUCAAGCAGGAUGCGAUAUUUCUUAUGGGCGAGCUGGAGCCGUAUGAUAGCUAUGGGUUCAAUUCGCCCAUGAGCUACUUUUUGCGCAAGGAGGACACGCAGCGGGUUCGCCACGUGGCGGUUGCCUUUCGGGCCCUGAGGUACGGCGAGACGGGAUCGCAGCAGAUCUUUGGCGCGCUGUUUCACGUCGUGGACCGGUUCACGCAUCCCGUUGGCGGGCGCGUGCUGGUGUGCGUUACCGAGGGGGACGAGAUGACGAACGCGCUCAUGGGUGGGGAGAGCCCGCUGGAGAAUGUGGCGCAGCAGAUUUGGAAGGAUUGGUAUAGGGGAAGCAUUGUUACGAGUAGUUUAGCGGGUAUGGAGUUUAAGACGAUUUGGGAGGUUGAGUUGGAGAGGUAUAUUGCUGAGGAGGCAGAACUACCAGCUCCUCAGGCGCAGCAGGUAGUAUCCGAGCUGAGCAACGAACUAAAUUGA